UUCAUGGCGCUCUGGGUGACUGCAGUGCUGGCUCUCGCUUGCCUUGGUGGUCUCGCCGCUCCAGGGCCGGUGCCUAGAUCGGCGUCUCUCCCUACGGCCCUUAAGGAGCUUAUUGAGGAGCUGAGAAACAUCACACAAGACCAGACUCCCCUGUGCAACAGCAGCAUGGUAUGGAGUGUGGACCUGGCAGCUGGCGGGUUCUGUGCAGCCCUGGAGUCUCUGACCAACAUCUCCAGUUGCAACACCAUCCACCGAACCCAGAGGAUAUUGAAAGGCCUCUGUGCCCGCAACGGCCCUGCCGUGGUUUCCAGCCUCCCAGACACCAAGAUCGAAGUAGCCCAGUUUAUAACAAAACUACUCAGCUAUUCAAGGCAACUUUAUCGCUACGGCCCGGUCCACUGA